CCUCCCCUCCAAUUUUGCACAGGUGUUCCGGCUCCUCCCCUCCAGUCUUGCACAUGUGUACCGGCUCCUCCCCUUCCAGUCUUACACAGGUGUACCGGCUCCUCCCCUCCAGUCUUGCACAGGUGUACCUGCUCCUCCCCUUCCAGUCUUACACAGGUGUACCGGCUCCUCCCCUCCAGUCCUGCACAGGUGUACCAGCUCCUCCCCUCCAGUCUUGCACUGGUGUACUGGCUCCUCCCCUUCAGUCUUGCACAGGUGUAGCGGCUCCUCCCUCUCAAUCUUGCACAGGUGUACCGGCUCCUCCCCUUCCAGUCUUACACAGGUGUACCGGCUCCUCCCCUUCCAGUAUUGCACAGGUGUACCAGCUCCUCCCCUCCAGUCUUGCACUGGUGUACCAGCUCCUCCCAUGUGUACUGGCUCCUCCCCUUCAGUCUUGCACAGGUGUAGCGGCUCCUCCCUCUCAAUCUUGCACUGGUGUACCAGCUCCUCCCCUCCAGUCUUGCACAGUUGUAACGGCUCCUCCCAGGUGUACUGGCUCCUCCCCUUCAGUCUUCCACAGGUGUAUCGGCUCCUCCACU